CACCAAGGAAGCCUGUUGCAUUUGGCGUCUGACGAAAGCGGGCCUUUCGAGACGUCUGCACCGCAACAAAAUGCUACGCCGUUCAUCCAGACUUCUUCACAAUUGAAAAAGGUUAGGGCAGAGGAACAACCGCAGCAAGCUGUCGGUGACUCGAAUGCCAGCACUUCUGCGAGACAAAAUAGAUCUUUCCACAGUGGGCACGACCAAAGCAAGAACUUUGGGUGUUCGGCUUCUUCCAGUAAGGGUUACACCAGCUUUCCAAACAACCUAGUACAACCUCCUUCAGGGAGCAGUCUUCACAACAGUACUAAUCAUGCGGCGAAAAUAUAUUCAACACCAGAACGCGUAGAACGACUAUCCGCGGAGACCAUUAAUUCCAGCACCGCUUUGGAGAAGAGUGCUAGCAGCGCGGAGACAGUUAGGACUCUCGAGAAAAGUGUCAGCACUUGGGAGAACACGAAUACUACUAGGACUAGCAACAACAGUUACAGCAAAAGUAGCGCGUCAUCAUCUUCU